GACCGGAUGGUCACAUGACACUUCACGUGAUUCCAGUCCUGCGAUGGGAAACGUUACACCUGAAAGGGUCGGAACAGAAGAAAGGAAGUCCGUGACUAACGCAGCUCACCACUAGUGGGACAUAUUUUAAAUCCUCAUUUAUCUUCCGGUUCCGCGUCUCUGAAGACCCUUCGGCUCUCACCAGCAGCGUCCCUCCGCGAGCGGGCUGCGGGCUCACCUGUCAGGGAUCAUGCUCGCCGCGUUAGUCCUCGCCGUGGCUCUGGUGUCCCAAACGGCGGCUCGCUACACCGCGGACUGGACGAGCUUGGACGCCAGGCCGCUGCCUUCGUGGUACGACGAAGCCAAGGUGGGCAUCUUCGUCCACUGGGGGGUGUUUUCCGUGCCCGGGUUCGGCAGCGAGUGGUUCUGGUGGCACUGGCAGGGCCAGCAGCCCCCGGACCAGAAGUGUGUGAGCUACAUGUCGAAGAACUACCCGCCUGGUUUUAGCUACCCGGAGUUCGCCCCCCAGUUUCACGCUCAGUUCUUCAACCCGGAGGACUGGGCGGACAUCUUCAAGGCGUCGGGUGCAAAGUAUGUCGUCCUGACGGCCAAACACCACGAAGGGUUCACCAACUGGGCGUCCCCGAACUCCUGGAACUGGAAUUCAGUUGAUACUGGUCCUCACAGAGACCUCGUGGGAGACCUGGGGGAGGCGGUGCGCAACAGGUCAUUGCACUAUGGACUCUACAACUCCCUGUAUGAGUGGUUCCACCCUCUCUACCUGGUAGAUAAGAAGAAUGGAUUCAAAACGCAGCAGUUUGUGAUGAGUAAACUGCUGCCGGAGCUUUACAACAUGGUUGUACGGUACAAGCCUGAGGUGAUCUGGUCUGAUGGGGACUGGGAAGCACCCGACACCUACUGGAACUCCACCGAGUUCCUGUCCUGGCUCUACAAUGACAGCCCUGUCAAAGAUACUGUUGUGACCAACGACCGAUGGGGAGCUGGCUGUGCAUGUAAACAUGGCGGCUACUAUAACUGUGCAGACAAAUACACUCCAGGACAACUGCCCAAACACAAAUGGGAGAAGUGCACGUCCGUGGACACGUUGUCCUGGGGUUACCGGCGAAAUAUAAAGAUGAGUGAGCUGAUGGACCUGCCCACUAUCAUAGAGGAUCUGGUUCUCACUGUGGCUCUGGGAGGUAACUACCUUCUGAAUGUGGGUCCCACACCUGACGGGAUGAUCCCUGCAGUGUUUGAGGAGAGACUCAGGGGUGUUGGAGCCUGGCUGAAGAUGAACGGGGAGGCCAUAUACACCUCCAAACCCUGGAGGGUCCAGACAGAGAACACCACUGUGCCAGUCUGGUAUACAUCCAAAGGAACCACUGUCUAUGCCAUCAUGACAGCCAAACCUCCCAAGCUCACAUUGCAACUAUUAGGACCCAAAACAUCAGCAGCCACUAAGGUGACCUUGUUGGGGAAUCCAAAUCCCCUAUCCUGGGCCCCGGUCUCCCCCAGUGCUGGCCUUACUGUCCUUCUACCCGAGCUGCCUUAUUCCCCCAGUCAGGCCUGGACGCUCAAACUGGACGGCAUCCAGUGAGCCGUAAACUCCAGAAGUGUUCAACCCCAGCGAGGUUGAAUAUUGUGAAUGUAUUCCUCUCAGGUUUUAUGUUUGUGGGAUAUUGGGAAACGUGUGCACUAUAGUUGAAGGGACAGCGCUUGUGUAAUGGAUGAGUAUCGUUGUUAAAAUGAAAGAAUGAAACACUUCCCUUCGAUGAUUCAUUUGUGGCUCUGAGGACUGGACAUUUAAUGGGUCACCGCCUCAUAAUUGUAUGAAGAUUUUUCUUUUUAAUGAUAAAGAUUAUGAAUUGAAAGUGUAAUAUUCUGUUCAGCAACAGCUUCUCAGUGGUGUAAUUGCAGUUUAAAAAAACAAUUCAUAUUUUUUUUUUUUAAGAGGUAUGUUGAAAACGGACAAAGCACUUUUUACUUUCUUUUACUGAAUGCUUUUAAAAUGGCUGAAUAAAAGAUGAUUUUUCUGAUCA